AUGAAGAUACCGGUCACAGUCACCCGCAAGCAGCACUCAUCAACGAUUUCCCUGGCGAAGAACUCGCAUGGCUUAGUACGAUCCGAAACAAUCAUCGUUGAAUUGCAGGGAGGGCUUGAAUCCUCGUCAAAAGAUGUCGAGGCGGACGAUCCCCAGACAGUACUAGAAGGCGCCGAAAUCGGUCUGAUAGACCUGUCGAAUUUGGAAAAGCCGAUGUUACGAAUCGGGAAUCAUGAGCUUGAAGGCAAAUGUAUCAAGCUUGCAAAACCAUUGGUCGUCAUGCGCAGACAACAACUAGUUCAGAUUAAAUACCCAGGGAUCGAUGAAGCGCAGAAUUCAGCGGGUGGAACCAAAGAGACGACCAACAGAUUUGACAUUGUGGAUGUUAUCGAACGAAAGCUAAUAUUCUCUAAAAGACCUCAACCCAUCGUCGUCCUUUAG